AUGCGGGAGAGCGAGGGGGAUGGGCGAAGCCCGGGGGAAGGUCCUGAGGAAGUGGCGGGGGCAGGGACCGUAGUCAGCUCAUCGUGCAAGCGCAUCAAGUGCGGCGAUAGCGACAACACCGGUUCGUCACCUCCACCACCGGCAGCAGACUCGCAGCAGUCCUCCCUCCCCGCGUUAUCUCCGCGUUCCGCCCGCAACCCGCCUGCCUCUUUCCCCGCGGGCGUCAACCGCAGCCGCACUCCCGUCCUCCCGCCCGUUGGCGCGCCUGCGGCAGUCGGCGCGGCCAUGGGCUGGCGCGGGGGCCCGCGAUGGGCGGACGAAGCGGCUGGGGAAGAGAGCCAACAGGGCUGGCGGGGGAACGAGGGUGCGGGCGAGCAAGCGUACCGCGAUGCGCGGCAAGGGGAUCUGGUGGGCCAAGAAGCGACGGGUGGGCGGGCGGACUGGGUCCGGGGAGAUGGACGCGAGGGGCAAGGGGAGGAGGAUACUGCGGGUGAGGUGGGGGAAGCGGAAGGGGUAGCAGGCAGAGGUGUCGGCCCCGAAAGGAGCGGAGGGGACGGGGGCGCACGGGAAGGCAGAGGUGUGGAGCAGCUGCGUUCUCAUAUUGAGAGCUCGCUUAGCGUUCCGUUCACCUCUCGUGGCUCUCGCAUGCCGUCGCGUGAUUCGCGGCGGAAUGCUGGGACGAGGUACGGACCGUUAACAGGCAGGAUGUGGUGGCGCGAAGGCAGUUUUACCACCGCGAUACGUGGUGCUGCUGCUGGUGGCAGUAGUGCUGCUGCUGGUGGCAGUAGUGCUGCUGCUGGUGGUAGUGGUGCUGGUGGUGCUGGUGGUAGUGGUGCUGCUGGUGCUGGCGGUAGUGGUGCUGGUGGUGCUGGCUCAGUACCUGGUGUGGCGCUCGGAGUGGGUAGACGUGCGAGAGAAGGUGGCGUGGGAGAUGGUGAUGCAGGAGGGAGUGAGAGGAGGGGAGUUGCGAGACCAGUGGAAGAGGAGAAAGCGACGGAGGCAGUUGGUUGUGUUUCUGAGGCAGGAGACGGGAUUGAGGUGGCAGGGAGAGGCGGUGGUGCUUCUAUUUCUGCUACUGUUUCUGCUUUGGCUUCUGCUGUUGCUGCUGCUGCUGCCGCUCGUGCUGGUGCUGGUGCUGGUGCUGCUGCUGCUGCUGCUGGUGCUGGUGGUGGUGGUGCUGCUGCUGCUGCUGUUGCUGAAGGGGGAGGGGGAGGAGGUGGAGGUGAAGGGGAAGGAGGAGGGGAUGGAGAAGGGGAAGGAAGAAGGGAAGAAGGCAGGGGCGGAAGUGAAGGUGGUAGAAGAAUUGGUGAACGUAAUCCCGGCGGGGAUCAAUCAGCCCACCAGGUGGACGGGGUUGGCAAUGCAAUGGAUUUUGGUGAGGCUGUGGAGGUUGCGGGAUGGAGGAGGGCGGAGGGCGGGCGGAUGUACAGGUAUCGGGGUGGGAGAGCAUUUCUGAUGGACUAUGGCAACGCGGACGAUGAUGAUGAUGAGGAUGAUGAGGAUGAGGAUGGGGACGGGGAUGCACUGAUGAGGCGGUAUCAUCUUGAUGUGACCUGGGCCAGGAUAGGACCGAGGGACCGAUUAGAGGUGGGCAGGGAUGGUGGGGGCAGGAGGGACAGGUGGUAUGAGUUGGAUAGGCGGGGCGAGGAGGAGUGGAGACGGCGUAUGCGAGAUUGGAGGUUUGAUGAGUGGAGGAGGGAUGAGAGGAGAAGGGAUGAGUGGCGGAGGGACGAGUGGAGGAGGGAUGAGUGGAGGGAGGUGGAGUGGAGGAGGGCGAUGGGAUGGGAGUUUGGGAGAGAAUGGGCAAGAGAGUGGGAGAGGAGGAGGGAUCGGCGGGGGCUGGAGCGUGGAGGGAUGCAGGACGUUGAAAGGCAGGUGGGGGAGGGGGGUGCCGGGGUGAGGGGAGGAGGAGCACGCAUGGAUUGGAGAUUCCAAAGGAUGGAACAGCAUGAGAGGCGCAAUGGCCCCUUGCUUCCUCCUGUGCCUGGCGAAGCUGUGCCUGAUCGUGCUGCUGCUGAUGCUGCUGCUGCUGUUGCUGCUGCUGUUGCUGCUGCAACUUCUGUUGCUGCCUCCGCUGCUGCCUCUUCUGCUGCUGCCGUGCUUCCCUCCCCUCGCCCUGCUGCAGCCCCUCCUCAUGUUGCUGUGCUAACCGCUCCUCGCGUUGCAGCAUCGCCCCCUGUUCACGUAGGAGCCUUGCCUCAGCACAUUCCCGUCGUGACCCAAUUGGAUGACGCGGGUGCGGGCGACGCACAUGGGAGAGCAGGGGCAGGGACGCGUGAACGAGUGGCGGGCAGGGACCGUCCCUCAGACGACCCAUACCCGCACCCCGACCUGGUACCAGACGUGCUUUACCACGUCUUCUCCUUCCUGGACCAGCUGUCCCUCUGCCGCGCAGCCCUGGUCUGCCAGCGCUGGCGCCUCGUGAGCGAGCACCACGAGUUUUGGCGCCACCUCUCCUUCCAAGCCUUCCCCUCUGCCACCUUCGCGCACGUGCACCGCCUCGCUCUCAAGUACCCGCAGGCGCACUCUCUCAACCUCUGCGGCCUGCGCUUCACACAGCAGCAGGUGGAGGCGAUUCUCACCCCGCUCGCCUCCCACCUCCGCAGCCUCUCCCUCGGGAUGGAACGAAUUCCCGAAGACAUCUUUGCGUGUAUUGAAACCACCUGCCCGUCGCUCACGCACUUGCGUGUGCUUGACGCGGUGGUGGGAAACCCCAUGCUGCCAGAGCUCUUCCUCUCCAACCCCAAGCUACUCACCCUCCACAUGCUCUCCUGCUGUCUCCUCCGUGUGGUGCUGAACCUCCCUGAGCUCACCCACCUCUCGCUUGCCCGCACCACCGUCACCCAAGUCACCCUCUUCUGCCCGCGCUUGCUCUCCCUCGAUCUCUCCGGCUGCCAUAAGCUCUCGGAUUCCAGUCUUCGUGUGGCGGUCCUGGACUGCCCGACUAUCACCGCUCUCAACAUCUCCUCGUGCUCCUACACCAGCGACGAAACCCUCUCUCAGAUCGCCACUCACUGCCGGCUCCUAACCUCGCUGGAUAUUUCCGGCUGCACAAAUGUGUCUUUGGACCGGGUGCGUCUGCCCCAGGUGACGAGUCUGCGUAUGGUGGGCUUGGAGAUCCGGUCGCCUGCCAUGCAGCGCCUGGACCUGCGGUCGCAGCUGUACCUGGAAUCACUCGUGCUGCGCUGUGGCUACCUGGUGGAGCUGCAGCUGUCUGCGUGUGACGGGCUCACGAACGAGGUGUUCCGCUCGCUGAGUGAGGUCGAUGCAUGCCCCCGUCUGGCUGUUCUGCACAUGGACGACUGUGAGGGCCUGACGGACGUGCACCUGACAGCCCCGUCCCUCCAGUACCUCUCUCUCACCGGCUGUCGCCGCAUCACCGCCCUCUCCCUCGCCUGCCCCAUGCUCCACACCCUGCUCCUCGACGCCUGCGACAACCUCUCCUCCGCCUCCCUCGCCCCCGUCGCCCUCGCCUCUCUCAACUUCGGCAUCUUCCCGCACCUCACCUCCCUCCGUCUCCACGCGCCCUUACUCACUUCCUUGGAGCUCUGCGGGUGCGGGCAGCUGCAAUUCACGGAUAUCCGCUGCCCAGAGCUCACCUCUCUGGACGCGUCUUACUGCAGUCUGCUCUCCGAUGAGUGUCUGCUCGCUGUCUCCCUCCACUGCCCUGCCAUCCGCACGCUUGUGCUCGCAGCGUGCCCUACUGUCGGCCCUGCAGGGUUAGCCGCGUUGUCUCUCCUGCGAAAGCUCUCCUGUCUGGAUCUGUCGUAUACGUUUCUCACCUCGCUGCACCCUGUCUUCUCCACGUGUCAUGGGCUUGUCACGCUGCGACUCUCGGCUUGUAAGUAUCUCACCGAAGGGGCGCUGGCGCCGCUGGUGGAGUGGCGGGAGGGAGGGGCGGCAGGGGGAGGAGAUGGAGGGUUGGCGGGAGGGGCGGCUGCAGUAGGAACGACUGGAGGAGACGCAACCGCAAUGGAAGAAGCAUCUGCAGCAGAGGCAGCGCCAGCAGGUGCAGGGAUGGAGGAGGAGAGGAACAGCGCAGGAGGUUCAGGCUGCAAAGAGGGUGAGCAGGGCAGUGGCAGGGAGGGAGAGCAAGGUAAACCGGCAGCGGCAGCGGCAGAGGACGAGAACGGGGUUGUACGCGGUGCCCUGCCGUACCUUGAGGAGCUGGACAUAUCAUAUGGGAGUAUUGGCAGGGCGGCGCUGGCAGCGCUGGUGGGUGGGUGUCCGCGCCUGCUGCACCUGUCCUUGAACGGGUGCACGCAGGCAGACGACAGCAUGUGGGAUGAGCUCGCUGCUGCUGCCGCCGCUGGGGACGGAGGAGGGAGAGCGCUUGCACCUGCUGCUGUUGCUGGUGAGACUCAUGAUGCUGAGGCUGCUGGUGGUGGGGUUGGUGAUGGUGGUGCUGUUGUUGCUGCUGCUGGAAAGAUGGAUUGGGAGGAGGCGCAGAGUGGGCAGUGUGCGCAGGAGGAGGAGGUGGAGGCGGUACCAGACAGCAUGAUGGAACGCGGGCACCAACAGCAGCAGCAAGAGCAACAGAAGCAGCAUCCUGUCAUCCCAGUGCAGCAGCAGUACCGGCACCUGCAGUCUCUGAGCUGUGUGGGCUGCCAUGGCUUCACCUCUAUCCGCCUGCCGCACCCCUCCAUCUUCCCGCGCCUCACAACACUCAACUUCACAUUCGCCAUUAACGUCACGCAAGCACUCAUCGCAUGCCCGCACCUCACCUCCCUCAACCUCAGCAAGUGCAAGUCUCUGGUUACUCUGCACCUCGACUGCCCUCGUCUCACCACACUUACCCUCCAGAUGUGUGCGCUGUCGUCCUCGGUGCUGCUUGCGGCCAUGGCGGACUGUCCCUCCCUUGAAACCCUUGACAUGCAGCAUUGCCCCAAUCUUGACACAGACACACUGUCUCGGCUCAGGGAGCAACACCCUAACAUCCAAAGGGUCAUUCUCGAGGCCAUCAGUGAUAUCCGAGGGUCUAUUCCCCCAUGCAGCGCUGACAACACAGGCACACAUACCGCACCACCAUCACCAUCACCACCAUCAGCAGCAGCAGCAGCGCCAGCAGCAGCAGCAGCGCCAGCAGCAGCAGCAGCAGCAGCAGCAGCAGCAGCAGCAGCAGCAGCAGCAGCGGCAGCAGCAGCAGCAGCAGCAGCAGCAGCAGCAGCGGCAGCAGCAGCAGCAGCAGCAGCAGCAGCAGCAGCAGCGGCAGCGUGCAUGGACGUGGAGGUGCAGCAUGCAGCAGCAGGGUGGCUGCCCAUCGGCAAGGGCCUCACAGUGGGGGGCGGCGCCAUGACCAUCGCGUACGAGCAUGUGCGCAACGUGCUCGUGCGCGUGGGGGUGCGCCCGCAUCUGGGCCAUGCGGGGGAGCGGGGCGAGGGGGGAGAACGAGGGGAAAGGGUGGAGCGUGCGGGCCCUAGUGCUGCUAGCGCUCCUGGUAGUUCCAGUGGUUAUGGUGAUGAUGAUGGUGGUGGUGGUGAUGUUGAUGGUGGUGCUGCUGCUGCUGCCACUGCUGGUGCUGGAGUGUCGUCGGCUGACGGACGUUUGUUUCAGCGCCCAUCCAUGCUGGUCUCCGCUCACAUUGACACUGUCUUUACUGGCCCUGGAGUGGGCGACGACAGCAGCAACGUGGCGGUCAUGCUAGAGCUCAUGCGCAACGUGCUGCAUGCCCUCGCACGCUCCUCUGUCACUGGGGAGGAGGACGGGGCAGCGGUGCAGAGCGAUGCGGUGCAGAACGAUGUGGUGUUUGUGCUCAACAGUGGCGAGGAGGAGGGGCUUAUUGGCGCGCACGCCUUCAUUUCACAGCACCCGUGGGCGCGCUCAGUGCGGGCGUUCAUAGACCUCGAGGCUAUGGGAAUUGGAGGGCCCUCCUCUGUCUUCCAGCCCCCUUCCUUUUCCACCACUCAUCGUUAUCUCACCCCGCUCAACCCUGCAUGCCCAACCCAGGCGGGUCCAUCGGCAUGGCUACUGCGCAUGUUCCAAGCAUCUGCCCCUCGCCCACUCGCCAUUGUGUUCGCUCAGGUGCCUGCCUCUUCCUGCUCUCACCUGCCUCUCUUGCAACCUCUGCAAGCCCUCUUGCAUUUCCUGCCCUUUCUCCUGAUCAUUCCUCCUCCUCCCCUCCUCCCCUCCUCCCCUCCUCCCCUCCUCCCCUCCUCCCCUCCUCCCCUCCUCCCCUCCGCCCUCCUCCCUCCGCCCUCCUCCCUCCGCCCUCCUCCCUCCUCCCUCCGCCCAUCAGGACAUAUUCCGCAGUGGGCUGUUGAAUGCAGUUCGACGCUCUGCCUCUGCUGGAACCAAACCAGGCUCCCUGCAGCAUCUGGGAGGCAACCUGCUGCCCUUCCUGCUUCUCCCUUCAAACCCCCUCCUCUCCCCACCUUCCCCCGUCCUCCCCCCACCCAUCAGUUCGACGCACUGCCUCUGUUGGAACCGGGCUCCCUGCAGCAUCUGGGAGACAACCUGCUGCCCUUCCUGCUCGCCAUCGCCCGCUCGCCCCUGCUCGCCCUGCAGCCCUGCCACCCCGCUCCCUGGCACCAGGGGGGAGGGCGCGCAGACGGGCCGGGGGCUGCGAGAGAUGGGGGGGAGGGAAGGGAGAGGGGCGAGAAAGGAGUGGAAGGAGGAGGUGGUGGAGGUGAAGGGGGGCCGGUGAAGUUCAAGCCUAGUGAGGCGAUCUUCAUGGAUUUGAUGGUGGGUGUUCUUGCUGCUGCUGCUGCUGCUGCUGCUGCUUGCUGUAUGUUUGGUGGUUGUGUGGGUGGGCGUGUGGUGGGGUACACGCAUAGGUGUUGCGAUCCGGCAUACACCAUGCCGUGUCUUCUUUCGUCUUUUCGCCCUCCAGUGAAUCAUGUUCGCGUCCCUCUCUUCCAUUGUUUACCGUUCACAACUUUCCCCUUCCUCCCCUCCCUCUUCCUCCCCUCCCUCUUCCUCCCCUCCCUCUUCCUCCCCUCCCUCUUCCUCCCCAACCCCAUUCUUCCUCCCCAACCCCAUUCUUCCUCCCCAACCCCAUUCUUCCUCCCCAACCCCAUUCUUCCUCCCCAACCCCAUUCUUCCUCCCCAACCUUGCUCCCCCUUGCACACAUCCUCUCCCUCUCUCCCACUUUUCCUCUCCCUUCCAGGCACGGCAUCUGCUUGUCAUCCCCACCACCACUGCAACCUUCGCCUAUCGCAUCAUCUUAUCGCUCACCUUCCUCCUCCUCGCCCCCUCCAUCCUCUCCUCCCCUCUCACCUUCCUCGUCUCCCUCCUCUCCCUCCUCCUCACCCUCCUCCACUCCCUCCUCCUCCCGCUCUCCGUCGCGUUCCUCCUCCCACUACUCUUCCCCUCCACCCCAACCCCCUUCCUCUCGCUCCCGCUCCUCCUCCUCCCACUCUUCGCUGCACCAGCAGCAGCAGGCGCCCUUCUUGUGGGUGGCGGGAGUGGUGCUGUGGGCCGUGCUGCUGGCGAUGGGUGUGAGAGGCGGGGCAGGCUCGUCGUACCUGGCUGCUGUGUGGCUGCUCAUGCCUGUGGGCCGAGCUCUACUCUCGCUCCUCGCACCCACUGACGCACACCAUGCCAGCACCAGAGCGCCGGCUGUCCUCCCCCAAGCACUGCUCUCUGCACCGUCCCUUCUAGGCACAGUGCUGUGCUGCUGUGUGCCGAUUGCCCUCUCCGCCAACAUCCUCCUCGCCUUCCCUCAGUUCGUCCUCGGCGCCCUCCACAGAGCUGACAUGAGCCCCGGGUCUCUGCCCCUGUGGGCGUGCAACGUGGUGGCAGCGCUCGUGGUGGCAGUCUUUGUGUGCCUCGCACUCUCACUGCUGCUGCCCUCCGCUCACGAGCACGGGGCGUCUCUCCUCCUGUGCCCCGCCCUUGUGCUCGUCUGUGGUGUCUCUAUCGCAUGCCUCGCCGCCUACCAACCACCUGCGUUCACCGCACACAACCCAAGGGCCGUACUGCUUCUGGACACGUGUCAGGCUGCCACUCGCUGCACAUCCGAACAACUUCCUGCAAACCACACUCUCUCCACACUCCCCCUAAGCGGAUCCUGCCACCCAGUCUCUCCCGCGCUCCCCCACUCCACCACUUCCUCCUCCUCUCAGCCCUCUGACCUCGCACAGGAUCCCUUCUGCGCCCUCACUAUCUCUCCUCUUUCCCCCGGGCCAUUCACUCAAGAAGCAGCAGCUAUCAGUGCCAGCACUGGCCUUCCACUCCACUGCACCCACAACACCUCGACCACCAACAACAACUCCCAUAGCAGCCACAGCAGCAGCGGCGCCGGCGGCAGCGCCGGCAGCAGCAGCAGUACCAACGGCGGCGGCGGCGGCAGCAGCAGUGCGAGUGGCAGCGUAUGGCAGUGGCUGGACUUUGGCGGUGUUUUCACUGUGAAGUCUGGGUGCUAUGGUGACAGGCGGGGCGUGGGAAGGGGGCAUGGGACGGAGCUAGAGAGGGACCACCACCCUGCCUCCAUUGCACUCAGUCUCCCUCUCUCUGGCUCUAUCACCAACACCAUGUGCAGUGGCAGCAGUACAGAGUCUGGUUGCCGUUGCCAAGAGACGGCUGACAUGCAUGGGGCAGCCAUUAUCAGUGCCAGCACUGGGAAGGUUGGGACGGGAGAUGAGGGGGAGGGAGGGGUGCAUUUGGAACCAGAGCAGCAGGGGGGACAAAGGGAGCAGGGGGAACAGCAGGAGCAGGAGCAGCUUCAUUGCCUGGCUGUGUGUGCAGUUUGCAGUGACGCAGGGUGGCUGAAUCAGGGGGAGAAAAACGAGCACAGGGCAGCCCAAGGUGAUGUGGACGGGCGACGCGAGGCGAUGGAGGAAAAAGGGGACCGACCUGACAGUUCUAUCGGCAGCAGUGGCAGCAGCGAUGCGAGGGAGGGAGUUGACGCUCAGUCUGACACAUCUCAGCUGGACUCACCUGCACUGCCGCAUCCCAUGGUGCAUGUGGUGCUGAUAUCCGCACGUCCCAUCGUGCGCCGCUUCCAUGUAGCCAUCAACCACUCGCGUGUGGCUGCCUUCUCCCUCUGGCGCCCCACUUCUCCUCAGAACCAUGCACUGCUUCCGCUGGUGCCUACACGGCACCUCUCGCUUCCAGCUAACUCCACACCUCUCCACCACCUCACGUGGAAGGCCGGCUUGCCUUCGCAACAGCCGGGAAAGAGCUCUGAUGCCGAUCGCACUGAUCCUGCUAACAGCAGUGCUACUGGCGGUGAUGUUGUGAAUCGUUUGAAGCUGCGUCCCACUGCCCUGCUUGUGCUCCACAUGCGGGACAGAGUUGCGGGAAAUACACGAGACCAGGAUGAUGAAAAUUCCAGGAAGCCACUGGUUACUGUGAGAGGGGACGUGAGCCUUGAUGAUGGGGAUGCCCAUGAAAUGGAGAGCUCUGGUGGAGGAGUCGAAAAGUUUGCGAAGCUGAAGGACGAGGAAGGGGCGUAUCUCACCGUUAACUUCCUCGACAUUUGUCGUCUGAUCCUGCCCAUCGUUGAUAAAUUCGGGACCGCGAUGUCUAUCAUAAAGACCGACAUAAGUGGAAACAUCUCGCGGUUGCAAAAGGCCUAUGAUGGUGACAAGGAGAGCUACACCAGGUUGUACGAGUUGGUUCGAAAGGAGGUCGCCACAGGCAAGCCUUUGGACCCAAAUGGGAACACAAGUGGGCUUUUCUGGCUCACACGUGCUCUUGACUUCGUGAUACACAUGGUGGAUGGGUUGGAGCAACAUACAGACUGGUCGGUGUCGCACGCUGCCACUGUUGCAUAUGAGACACGGUUAAAGAAGUAUCACGGUUGGAUCACUCAGCAGGCUUUUGCAGUUGUGUUGAAGUUCUGCCCCGAGCGUUCAUACUUCUAUAAACAGCUGGGUGAUGACAGUGUCCAUGGGGAGCUUCAGGAGCUAGUAGCCAAAUUCGAGCCCAUCUGCACAGAGCUCGACGAGUUUCUGGCAGCAAAUGGAGCAAGCUCUCUUGUGGCCAAAUGA